AUGGCCUCCAAAAUCGAAAACCUCCUCAUAAAAGUCGGCAAACAACCCUGGGCCCAACACCUCCGCCGCCUCCAACACACCCACGGCCCCCAAAAAUCCCAAACUGACCCGGAAUGGGCCAAAGACAUAAUCCUCAUGGACACGCAGCUCCGUGAAAUUGGCCAACGCGAGAUCUACCUCCGCGAAGAGGUCAAAGCCAUGACCUGCUCCGAGCAAGAGCCCCUAACCCCCGAGCAACGAGCCCAGCUCGCAAAAUGGCAAAUGGAGCUCCAGGACCUCGCGCGUAAAUACUGGCAUCUGGAGCGCGAGUUUUACAGACGGGAGGCGUCGGUUCCUGCGGGGCCGUUGCAGAGGGCGUACGUGACCUGGAAGAAGAACCCGCAGUGGUAUCUGCUGGGGUAUUUGAGGGAUGAUUGUGCGGGGAGGGGAGGAUGUUGUGGGCGGAGUUGUGGGUGUUGUGAGAGGGCUAGGGACACAGAAAAGAGGGUGAGGUUGGGGCAUUGUACGAUUGAGUGUGGGUGUUGUCGGAGGGCGAGGGGGUUUGAUUUCACGCAUGAGGAUCGGCUUAGGUAUCGGAAAUUAUUUGACUGUGAUCUCAAGGAGAAUGAGGCGUUGUGGGAUUCGUUGAAGAUGGCGUAUGUUUUUGGAUUGGCUUGA